AUGACCCAAAAUGAGAAAACCCUAUAUCCUAAUUCCUCGCCGCGGCUGCCUCCUCCUGCUGUUCCAGCUCCUCGAGUCGUCGUCCCCUCCUCAGGUCCUCAGCUGCUCCUGCUCAGCCUCAGCACCUCCGGUCCUCUAGCUCCUAUCCGUCGUUCGAUGACUCCGGCGAGUAGCUAUUCCAGAUCCGAGGCUUCCGCACUGAGCGAUCUUGACAGGGAAACAAUGGCGGAAUACCGGUCCGAAUUGAAGAAAUUGGCUGAGAAGGUUAUGGAAGUGAUGGAUGAAAAUCUGGGUUUGCCAAAAGGGUACAUCAAGAAGGCACUAAACGGGGGUGGGGAAGAGGAUGAGGGUGCCUUCUAUGGCACCAAGGUCAGCCACUACCAAUCCUCUCCUCAUCCCGAUAUGGUGAACAGUAUCUGGGCUCAUACCGACGCAGGCGGGGUUGUCAUACUCUUCCAAGAUGACAAGGUUAAAGGCCUUCAAAUCCUCAAAGAUGGGGAAUGGAUCGAUAUGCAGCCAUUGCCAAACGCCAUCGUGAUCAACACGAGGGAUCAGAAAGAGGUGUUAAGCAAUGGCAGGUACAAGAGCGUUUGGCACCAGGUUUUGGCUACCCCAGAUGGGAACAGGGGAUCUGUUGCUUCAUUCUAUAAUCCUUCCCUCAAGCCUACCAUAGCUCCUGCCCCACAACUUCUGGAAAACACAAAACAGGAAGCACAAGAUCAUCAAGUAGAUGCCACCCGCCGGUCGCAGUUCUUCUUAUUCUUCUUCUUCAAACUGAUUUUGAUUUAA